CCAUUUCUUGGCUUCCUUAAACUUUUCUUAUAUAAUAUAAAAUAUUAAAGAUAUGCCUGCCCAGAAAUUGGACGAUCCAAGUGUCAUGGAGCUCACCGGAAAAGUCUUGAUUGCCACCAUCGUUGCCUUGUUCCUCCUCCUCCUCCUCGUUUUCUGCUUCCACCUCUACGCCAAGUGGUUAUGGCACCGCCGUCAACAAAGUAUGGAUGGCCUCAAUAACCGCCGUCACCAAGAUCAACACCACUCUGGCGUCACUGUCCUGCGACGUGGCCUUGAUGCAUCCUUCCUCAAAACCAUACCCAUCGUACACUUGGAUUCGAAAGACGGAUUGGAAUGUGCGGUUUGUUUAUCUGAGCUCCAGGAAGGAGAAAAAACUCGAAUUUUGCCUAAAUGCAAUCACGCGUUUCAUGUGGAAUGCAUUGAUAUGUGGUUCCAUUCCCAUUCAACUUGUCCCAUAUGUAGAAACCUUGUUUCAGAGCAAACCGACAAGAUUUCGGUGGAGAGUUUACUGGAAGAACAAUCAAGUAGAGGGGAUUUCCCAACAAAUAUGUUGUUUUGGGGAGACGAAACCCAAGUCAGCACUUUGACUUCUCAACUCGAAGAAACCCAACAUCAAGCUCUUCCUAAUGAAGCAACAUCUUCAUCAUCACAGACAAAUAAUGAUAGAGCCAAGCCAGAUUUAGUAAUUGAUAUACCAAGUAGCCAAGUUACAAGUGAAGAUGAGAAAACCCCAGUUUUGUCUCGAAUGCAAUCCUUAAGGAGAAUUUUAAGCAGCAGCAGCAGAAGGUUCAAUCCUUUUAGCCCUAGCAUUGUGAAUAACAAUUAAUGUUGAACAAACACACCAUUAGUAGUCAUCAUCAUCACUUGCUUGCUUACUAAUUUGUUUAUUUUUAAUUUAAUUUGUCCAUAUAUAUAUAUAUAGUUACAACCUUGGAUGUAAUUAGUCAAAAUAUUUGCUUACAGACAACCUUGGAUAUAAUUGUUGUUAGUUUGGCUUCUCUGAAUUGCAGAAGAGUAGUGUUUUUGAGAGCUUUUGACAUUUGUGUAUUGCAACA